AUGUUCAGAAUCCUGCUUAUUUCAUGUUUAUCACUAAUUUUUGCACAAAAAGGCGGAAAUAAUCAUCGCGCAGAUGAAGACAAUUAUUGGUAUGUUCAAAAUGAAUUGAGAAAAUCAGCAAUGAAAUCGAAAGCUGAAGGAUUGCUGGAAUUCUACAAGAAAACUCUGCUUGCCCAGAAUAUUGAAUAUUCUACGAUGCCAUAUUUUCAAAUGAUUCAAUGCGAUCAGGAUAGAAUAUUCCAUCGAAAUCAAGUGAAUUCUAUGCUCAUUGCGAUGAAUCCAAAGAACACAAGAUCAACUAAAGUUUUAGAAGCAACGUUUAAAAACGGAAAUUUUUAUUUUGUUGUAGAUGUUGAGAAUGGAUUAUCAAGAAAUGUUUACGAGGCAACAAUUGUUGAUAAUAGAGCUUUUCUGAUCUACGAAGAAAUGACAAAUUGUAACAAAAAUCUACUGCUAACAUCGAUUUUGAAUGACACUGAAAUUAUGAGCAAUAUUUCCAGAAACCUUAUAUAUAAUUAUCGAUUAGGAAUAAAAAUGAGAGAUGAAUUGAGUUUACAAGAUUCACUUUCUCCCAAUUUCAUUCUGCAAACUUGUUCAAAUUAUUUUCUGCAAAGAGAUCAACUGAUUAGAUAUAUUCUUACAAUUAGCACGGAAAUCCAAUUAAGUGAAUUCAAAAUUAUUGAUGGCUUCGAUGUUUUUCAAGAUCAUUUCACAUUUAUGAUUUAUGUGUCUGGAAGUUUCAUUAGAUUUUCUGUGAAAUACAUUGAUGACAAAAAUAGAUAUCAAUUUGUGUCAGAAUUUCCUCAACUUUGUAGAAAUGAAUUAUCCGAAACAACUGAAUUGAUCGAUCCGAACUUAGAAGAUUCGAAAUACCUGAAAGAAUUUUGGAUGAACCUCCAACAAUUUUCAAACUCAUUCAAUGAGAAAGAUCUGCCAAAACUGGCGUCAGAUUCAUUUUUUGUUGAUGAUUGCGAUGAUCAAAAACACAAAUUCCUGUGGUUUAUGGAUAAUCUACUGUUUCAAGGAUAUUUCAAAGACGCUGUGAUAAGAUCAGCUAAAUAUCGGAUGAUCACAGGGAAUAUUGAUUUUGAGGUCAAGAAUUAUAGGUUUACAUUGGGUGAAGACAAAAAGUUGAGGAAGGUUGUUUGUAUUUGA